UGUUCCUGUUGCUGUUUGUCGCCUUUCACCAUUCUCCCUUUCCGCCUCCCCCUGUUGACAGCUUGAGCACGCCUUGGCGAUCUGCACGACAUAUGCUCACAGAAAUACGACGAGCGCUUUCCACGCGCAACGCGUACGACCUCGUGGAGGAGGCGGAGGACCAUGCUAUCCGCCGUGCUCCUACAUCCGCCGAAUCAGCGCUACGCCGUGUCCCUGCCUCCGUUCCGCUCACCGCGCACCUCCUUGCACUGGUUGAGUUCGCAGAGCGCGCGUCGUAUUACGGAGUGUCUGGCGUCUUCGCGAACUUUGUGCAGCGGCCUCUACCGCCUGGGAGUCGGACGGGUGCGCCUGCUCCGGGAAGCGAUACACCGCCAGGGGCGCUUGGGAUGGGCCUACGCGCUAGCGCAACCGUCAGCGCUCUUUUCACGGUCAUGGCGUUCGCAUCACCAUUGUUUGGCGGCGCACUCGCCGACGUGAGGUGGGGCAAGUUUAGGACUAUCGCUGUGGGCACCGCUGUGUCAGGCGCCGCGCAUGUGCUGUGCAUAUGGGCGGCUGUUCCCUCCGUCCUGUCGUCGGGAACAGCCUUCCCUCCAUUCAUCGUCUCCGUCAUCCUGCUCGGAGGGGCGACGGGACUGAUCAAGGCGAACAUCGCGCCGCUCAUGGGACAGCAGUACGUCCACGAGGACUACGUCGCUACCGUGGACGGCGAGCGCGUCAUUGUCGAAAGGGAAGCGACCGUUCAGAAGAUCAUGGCAGCAUACUACCUCUCCAUCAAUGUUGGCGCAUUCCUGGCCGUUGGUUCAACCUUCGCCGAGAAGUACGUCGGGUUCUGGCUGGCUUACCUCAUCCCGGGCGUGAUCUUCUUCCUCAUGCCGCCACUCCUCUAUUUUGUGUACCCUUACCUCGCACCGGAACCUGCACCGUCACCCGCCGCGCUGCUAGACGCGUAUGACAUACUUCGGCGCGCCGUCAAAGGCGAGCAGAGCGGCGCGGAGGAGUAUGAGCUUGCGAGUGAAGACGAGGAGAAUGGACACACAGUCGAGCCUAAGGGAGGGGAUGUGAAGCAGGCGCUACUCGCGUGCAAGCUAUUUCUCUUCUUCGCGAUAUACAACAUUGCAGACGGAGGAUUGAACACGAUUAUGACGAGCUUGGCGGGCUCGAUGACCACGAAUGGCGUGCCGAACGACUUUCUUGAGAAGGCCAACCCGAUCGCGAUCGUGCUAGCCAUCCCACUGCUCAAUAAGCUAGUAUAUCCUUUUCUCGACGGGCGCAACAUCCCCCAUGGACCAGUGCGUCGCAUUGUCGCUGGUUUCAUCCUCGCCGCGGCGGGGAUGGUGUGGUGUGCACUUCUUCAAUAUGCGGUUUACUUGACAUCUCCAUGCGGAUACAGCGCCACAACGUGUGAGGAUGGAGUCUCACCAUUAAGCGCAUGGCUACUCCUCCCCACACCACUGCUGACGGGCGCGAGCGAGGCGUUGGCCUGCGUGUCAGCCCUCGAACUGGCAUUCACCAUGUCACCCCCCGGUCUCCGCUCAAUCGUGACGUCCCUAUUCCUCUUCACGCAAGCCAUCUCGGCAAUCCUCAUUCUGGCAUUCCUUCCACUUAUGCACGACCCGCUGCUCGUUUGGCCAUUCUUGCUCGCGGCCUUGUUGACGCUCCUCGCGGCCGCUGGCGUAUGGCACAUGUUCAAACUGCUGGACAACGAGCGCCCGUGACGUUAUAUGUUGUACUUAACCUCACUGUAUCAAUGCACUCCUCGCUCUCCCACGAGCUGGGGAUCGU